AUGAGGGCUUCAACUUAUGCAAGAACUGUCAGGCCAAAGGAGUCCAAAACCGAGAAAAGUAUGAUGACAGUGAUUCGUGAAGCUGUAACAAAUCAAGUGAAACAAAGGGAUAUUAACUUAACAAAGCAAAUCAAAGAUCUUCAAAAAGCUCAACGAGUUCAAGACGAUGACAUCAAGCGUGUCAAGAAACAAGCUUAUCAGAUAGCUGUUCGUGAAUACGAUAUAAAGGAAUUAGAAAAAGACGUUUCUGAAUUUAAACAAUUAAUGCGAGAUUCUCAUAAAGUUCAAUUAGAAACAACAAACGUUCUUAAACAUAUUAAAGAAAUGAAAAGACAGACACACCAAUUUAAUCAACUCCCUACAACUCCCCAUGUUUCCAUGGAAUUUUCGCAAUUAUCUAAAUCGUCGGCAUCUAAGAUGGGAAUGAGCUCAGCUACCAUGUCUGAGAGCGAGUUUGAAUAUGAUACAUCUGAUCUCGACGAAGAAGCUCCUUCGCAAAAGAUAGAAACCGAUUUCAAGAUUCCGGCCAACCACGAACCAUCGGAGCAAAUAAAGAGAGUUAAAGCGUUUGUUGAGAAAUUGAAGCAAGAAGUCACUCAUCAUGAGAAAAUCGUCGUUUCAUACGAAAAUUUAGCUAGAGAAAAGCGUGUGAGGAUCUCCAUUCAAAUGAAAAUACGCCUCUCAUUGGAUAAGCGUCAAAUCAACGCCGAAUUCCAAAGAAAUUGCUUAGAUUCUCAAUUCAACGCAGAAAUCAGCCAAUAUAAAAAUUUACUAUCCCAAAAGAAUCAGCUUGUCAAGCGCCUUAAUCUGGCUCUUGAUAAACAAUCAGAACUUGACGUAAACGAAUACGAUAUAAAAUUACAAGAAGAAUACAACAAAAACCUUGGUUCUGAGAAAUAUCAUCUUAAGAAAUCCGAUGAUCAAACAUUUGAAGUACAAAAAUUCGUAAAAUCAGAUAAUCUUCAGUAUAUUAACGAUUUCGAGAACAGAGUUACAGAAGACCUUGAGGAACUUCUUAAGGAGCAAUCAAUAUUAGAAGAAAACCUCAAAGUAGCCACUGCUGACCUUGAAAAUACGAAAUCCAACAUUGAAGCGAAUAAUGCUCACAUUGACGACAUCCUUUCACGUAUCUCUCAACGAGUACAACAAUCCUCAAUUGAUUUUGAGAAAGUCAGCUCAGAUUUAACAAAUCAAAUUAAUCUUACGAAGAAUACAACAGCAAAGCGUACAGAAACAGCUACAAACGACUUAGGAUCAAGCAGCCAAGCUCUAAACGAUCUUAAGACUAAAAUAGAAGAUAUUCAUAAAGAAAGAAUCCAAAUUGCAGAAAAAGAAUACCAGGCAAGGUAUUUCUAUCACGAAGAAAUACUCAAAGCUGAUGCAUACCGCAAUAACAUGGUCGAACUCAAAGAAAGAAAAGAAAAUGCGCUAAUUCAGUUGAAUAUCCUCAAAAUUAGAGAAAACGUGGCCAUAGAAAUUCUUGACUUGUUUAUGAAUGAAUACGAUGAUUAA